GCAAAUACAGGUACACAUAAAGGCACUUUGAAGUUUUCCGCUUAGACAGAGAGGAACUUAGUCGGGGCGAGGAAAGCACGCAACUUGUACGAACGUCGAACUUCGACGGAUUUUACAUCAGUCAGUAGCAGUAGACUUAUAUAAUAUCCCAUAGACAACGAGAGCUUAUCUCAAAGCUCGAAGAUAUAUUUAUUGUGAGUAUUAUUAGUAUUAUUUACACUUGAAGAACUUGACAGUAACUUUGGAACAAGUUAGCACAGCAGUGAAGUUUACUGCACAGUGUGUCACAGUUGUAAACUGAGGAACUUUGUCAUGAUGUCAAAAUCACCCGAUCACGUAAAGCGGCCCAUGAAUGCGUUCAUGGUUUGGUCGCGAGGGCAGAGGAGAAAAAUGGCCCAAGAAAAUCCCAAAAUGCACAAUUCCGAGAUUUCAAAAAGACUUGGAGCCGAAUGGAAAUUACUAUCAGAAGACGAGAAACGUCCGUUCAUUGAUGAAGCCAAACGCCUGAGGGCUCUACACAUGAAGGAACACCCAGACUACAAGUACCGACCGAGACGCAAGCCAAAAUCACUUCUGAAGAAGGAUAAGUAUGCUUUCCCAAUCCCCAUGAUCACUGGCAUGAACGGGCUGCACGCCGGCUUUCCUCCCUCCUCUCAGAGUUUCACGGCAGCUGGUUACACAUCACAAUCAGAGGCUCUCUCGGCCAGCGAGAAGAUGCGUGCCUACUUCAGCGGACCUGUCGCCGCCGCCAACCCGGGCGUCCCCGCCUCCUACUACCCCUCCGUACACUACGACCCCGCAGCCCUGAGUAAGCUGGACUCCGCCGCCGCGAUCCGUGCCUCAGAUGUGAUGACCAACCCCUACACGACGUACACGACGGCCAGUGCCUUCAGUGCGGCAGCGGCGGCCCAGGCGGCUGCCUUCGCGGCCCCUCCCGCUGCACACACCCAUUCCCCACCCACGGGGCUGUACGGACAAUAUAUGCUCCCUCCUGCUUAUCUCCCCUCGCAGGAACUACAUAGACUCCCCACGUACGUUUUCCCCGGCGCUGCGGCCGUCAAAGCCGAGGAUCACUACAGGCAUCUUACUGGGGCAGUGGUAUAGUGUACCAUUCAUAACACACACCGUCGCCUAAUUCCAGCAGGUGCCCGCCUGUUUAAAAUCUCAUAUCAUACAAACUACAUGCCAGCCUGGACUAUGGAUUUACUUACUUUACUCACUCAUUGCAUACCUAACUUACAUAUAAACAGUGCCACCAGAGCCGGCCGGGUAUCUUAUCUCGUCGUAGCCGUAGCCAAGCCAAGCCAAACUCUUGCAGUAAACUGCGAAGAUUUCGUCGCGUGAGUUGACUCACCGCCUUGACAAGGGUCGUGCUGGGUUCUAAACCCACUUCAUCCGACCCGUUAAAUGUAGGGAUCCAUAGACAUAGUAGGGUCAGUUAAGAUGUGAGCGAGAGAGAGAGAAAGAGUGAGUGAGAGAGAGGUAUUCAGGCAUAGUCUUAUAAAAAUGCAGAGAUACUCUGUGUGUCUUAUUUGUGUUACUGUACAGAAAUUAUGUUAUAUUUUGAUAAAGCUAGAGAUAUGUUCAGUUUUUCCCUCGUUUUCAUUAAAUGUGUUCACUACAUAAGAAAUUUAAGAUAACGUGUUUUCUGGUUUAAAUAUUUGUGUAUUAAUAGUACCUUGCCGGUAGUAGGUGAAUUAGACCAUUUCUUAUUUUUCUUUUUGCCAUAAUGAUUCGGAUAAAAUUUGGAGAACUUUUAUUUAGAAGAUCGCGUUUUCCUCUUGAGUAGGAUUUAUGGUGUUUUAUUAUUAUUUAAAAUUUGUCCGCCCUGUUACAAGAAUUAUUUUAACAGCUAGCUAUUUCGUUAGAGUCGAGCACAGAAUCUAGGCUCAGGAUGGAAAUACUCAUACAUGAAUAUAUGCUCCUAAGAAUUAAUCUUAUUUUUGUUCUUCUGACAUUUUCUGUGAUAUAUUUUUGAAAACGGCUCACGUAAUUUGCACUAAUAUCCCUUGUAAGAGAGCGAGAGAGAUAUAUAGAGAGAAAGAGCAAGGGAGGAAUACCACAAAAGGCACCGGUGUGUCAAGGUAGUGUAUAUUAUUAGACGGGGGGCUCAGGUAUUGCAGUGUCUGCUAACUCGUCAACCUGUUUAACGUGUGUUUACUACAAAAGACGUGUCAGUUCAGAUGAUUAUCUGCGCUACUUGCCGUAAUUGCCGGGCAGCCAAUUGUUAGGGAGAGCAUACCUGUCAUUCAAGUUCUAUUGUAAAAAUUCAUUAGGGUUUCUUAAAUUAAAAUAGAAGCAUUUAUGAUCGUGGUAACAGUAUGUUAUUUACGUUGGAAGUUAUUUAUAUUGUAAUUUUUUCACAAUAGUAAUGUCUUGGAUGUUUUGUGUAGUGGAAUUGAAUGCAUUCUCCGUUGAAAAGUGCGAUUUUAAAUGUACUUAUGGGUUGUCAUUCAUACCAUGUUUUCUAAAAUUGGAAUGGGCUAUUCAAAAUGUGAAUACUUACAAUUUAAAGACAUAACAUUGUUAUUUAGAGAGAGAAAUGUGGCUAGCCCACAGAAGCGUGCAGUUUUAUCGUCCUUCUUAAUAGCACACUGUAUCUGGAUCAUGUUGAUAAGAUAAUCCAGUGUUGUUUUGUAGUAGAAAUUAAAAUUCUCUCACCCGCUUGCUGAUUUAAGAUUGGAACUGAGAAGUAGGUAGAAUCAACCCUUGCAACAGGCAGUGGUAUCUUGGAAGGAGCAGAUGUGUUAAUUCUAGGUGAAAAUGAUCGCUGUGAUUUGCCGGCGUGGUACUCCUUGCGUGUUAAUAUCAACUGAAAUAGACAUUGUAAUAUAAUGCUUUGUUGAUUUCCUGUCAAUUUCAGCGGAAACUGACACUGUAAUUGAACAGCUUGUUAGAUCAGGUGCGCAUGUCGCAGUAGAUUUCAUCAUAUGCCCUGUGACAAUAUUUUUUUCUUUCUUUUUUAUUUGAGGAAUAUUUUUAUGAGAUUUUAAGGAGCAGGUUUUGUUGUGAUUUCAUUUUUUUAAUUUUUGGUGUAAAGCAGUCUAUUAUUAUUUAGGUCGGUUGUGAGACUUAAGAUUGUGCGGAUAUUCAGUUAUAUAUUUUCGCCCAACCUUUAAUUUACCUAUUAUUAUUAUUUCCCGACAAACCCUCCUCAGUUUGACAGGGUGAUGUGUUAUUUUUAAUUUGACCACUUACAUUGAUUUAAUCAUGUGAGAGUGCAGUUAAUUUUUGUUACUAUUAUUAUAAUAAUACGUUUUAUUUUUCUUUCUUACACACGAAAAUUUCGUAGUGCAUUUAGAGUUCAGUUGACCUGUAUGCAUUUUGUGUACAAAUAUCAAGAGAUCAUGACUUUGGUUAUUUUACGUAAAACUUUUGUAACUGUUUUCCAGUGUAUUGGUAUUUAUUAUUAUUAUUAUUAUUAUUUUGAGAAACACAGUCUGUGCAAGGUGAAGUCAUCUGUGUGAGAAAAGAAAUCGACGACGUGAGGUCGUUUCUCUUAUAUUUGUUGUUGAGAGUAUUUUGGACGAAGUAAACAAUUUUAAAUGA